AUGGAAGACCAGUUUGGCGGCCGCACCGACGACGAUUUGUUCUUCGACGACGACUUCGAACCAGUAGAUGGUGUAACCACUAUUGUGCCCAACGAUGUACCGGUCGAGAUCUCGUCAUACUAUAUCACACCUUCAGACUUAAUACCGCAUCCCGCGGAUCUCGAGUCUGCGCUGGCCCCUCUGGCAGCUGCGGCGGCAGCAGGCAAAAGGAAGGGACGCAGACGACGCAGGUCCAAGUCCCCCAAGCAGCCUCUUCCUCCGGCACCGCCACCACGAGGAGGUCUUGCGCAUUCUAGAUUCGCAGAGAAGCCGGCACAAAAACCACCGCAACACCCCGAGCCACAAUCACCCGAGUCGUCCUCGGCGGCCGCGAGCCACGAGCAGACAAACGGCGAAAGCGGCUCCAGCGCCGUCGCAGCGAAUGCUCCGACUCAUCGAGACAGGCGAAAUGAUGGCAGGAAUCAGGGAAAACCUCCCCCGAAGUCCGUCGAUGCGCGCGCGCAAUCUGGUGCCAACCCUCGCCAGAAACCGACAGAGGAAGAAUUGACUGCCAAGAUGGAGAAGAUGAAACUACUGUCGGCAGAGAAGACGCGCAAGUUUGAGAAGGCCGAACAGGACGAGAAACAACACGCAGAGGCUUACGCACGCGGAAUGGAGGAAGCGCGGCGCCAGCGUGCCGAAAAUGCAGAGAGGCGACGACAAAACGAGGAGCAGCGUCGCCGCCUCGAAGAUGAGCGCACAAAGAACCGAGAGCGCAAACUCAAGGCCAUGAAUAUGAAACAAGGCGGCUGGGAUGAAGGCAAAGAGGCGGCAGGCGAGGAAGAAUCGCGGCGGCCAGCUCGUGGAAUGAAUGGCGGUGUCCGUGGAGCGAAAAGCUCAGUUGGGUCAGGCUUGUGCGGCAGUCGUUUCGCGCGAGACUCGAGCGAAGGGGAGAAAGCGACGACCCCAGAUCGCACAGACACUGACAUGUCCCUCGACGAACGUCCUCGUCGCGACGGUCGUGGUGGACGGGGGAGAGGCAGCCGAGGUGAGGGACGUGGCGCACGGGGAGGACGAGGCGGACGAGGGCGUGGCGGCGCCGCUGGCAACGCCGCUCCCGCACCGGACAAGGACGAUUUUCCCUCGUUGCCGGCUAAAUCGGAGGGUCAAAAGGAGCCUGUGGAAGGCGCACCGAAGCCUGCGAUCUUGGCCCCGUUACCGCGGUUUGCACCGGCUAUUGGGAAAUGGGACGACGAGAUGGAGUUUCUGGAUGAGAUGACCACCACUACCACAGCUGCGAAUAAGUAA